UUCCAUCAGUCAAUAGUCCCCUGAUAGUUUCCGGGGUUUCUGCUGCAAUCCUGUUCCCUGCGGUCGGUAAUUGCUACGGAACGGGGUUCCUGAGCUCCCGAAUCCGGAGCCCGAGCGCAUUCUGCCUGCCAGGGCUCGCGCCACCGAGUUCUGCGCAGAGGUGGGAUUUUGCACACUGAUCACUAAGGCUUAAACCUCGCCAACAUCCAUUCCCUCUAACCGGUUGCAGUUCUUAGUAUUUCCUACGGCAGGGGAAUGGUUAAAUCAUCUCGGCUAUCUGUUUAUUCGCUAACAUUCAGAUAAUCAGUGCCAUUCUUCCCGCUGGGAAGUCAGUCCAGCCGGCCCAAAGUCUGUCCCCUGGACUCCCUCUGUCCCGGUCUAAUUUUCGGAUCAGGGACUCAGGGCCCACUGGGAAUGGGGGGGUUAAAGUUUGCCUGCAAUCUUUCAACUCCACAGCCUCCCUUAUAGCUAUCUCACCCCCGUUUUUAUUUUACACAGAGUUUGCUUGCUGGCCAACGUUGGGUGUUUGUGAUUUAACCACAAGCGUUUUCUGUAAACGUUCAACUCAUCCUAUUUUUUCCGCCACCCCGCCGCUUCGCUGAAACGAAGCCCCUUUCGUCCCCCAUAUUCCCGAAUUGUCGGUGCUGAUGCCCCGGUCGGCUGAGGUCUGACGAUCAGAGUGGCAAGAGAUAUUCUGCAGCCACUUCCCGCAACGCAUCGUGGUCAUCUCUCUUUGGAUAAGGUGACUGACCUUAGAUAGCGAACUUCUCUUGUCUAAGAGAAACUCAGCAGACGGCUUGAGACCCUGGGCUCUAACAGAAAUCCGGUGGUCCGCUCUCUUUGAUCGAGAUUUAAAUAGCACUGCAAUAAGGCAGUCGUACCCAACCCAGGCUCCUGUGGUCGCCAUGCCCGGCCCGGCGGCCGGUAGCAGAUCCCGGGUCUACGCCGAUGUGAACACUUUGAAGAGCCGGGAGUACUGGGACUAUGAAGCUCACGUGCCCAGCUGGAGUAACCAAGAGGACUACCAGCUGGUUCGGAAGCUGGGGAGGGGGAAGUACAGUGAGGUCUUUGAAGCCAUCAACAUCAACAACAAUGAGAAAGUUGUGGUCAAAAUCCUCAAGCCUGUCAAAAAGAAGAAGAUCAAGCGGGAAAUAAAGAUUCUGGAGAACCUGCGGGGGGGAACCAACAUUAUUCGGCUGGUGGACACAGUGAAGGACCCUGUGUCCCGAACACCAGCACUCGUCUUUGAAUUCAUCAAUAAUACAGACUUUAAGGAGCUGUACCAGAAGUUAACAGAUUUUGAUAUUCGUUUCUACAUGUACGAGUUACUGAAGGCUCUGGACUACUGCCACAGCAUGGGCAUCAUGCACCGAGAUGUCAAACCCCACAAUGUGAUGAUCGAUCACCAGAUGAGGAAGCUACGCUUAAUAGACUGGGGCCUGGCCGAAUUCUACCACCCCGCACAGGAGUACAAUGUCAGGGUGGCAUCGCGCUACUUCAAGGGUCCAGAGCUCCUGGUGGAUUACCAGAUGUAUGACUAUAGCCUGGACAUGUGGAGUCUGGGUUGCAUGCUGGCUAGUAUGAUCUUCCAGAAGGAACCAUUCUUCCAUGGUCAAGACAACUACGACCAGCUGGUCCGAAUUGCCAAGGUAUUGGGGACAGAUGAGCUCUUUGGAUACCUACAGAAAUACCACAUCGAACUGGACCCAAGUUUCAAGGACCUGCUGGGCCAACAGACACGGAAACGCUGGGAGCAGUUUGUCCAGUCGGAGAACCAGCACCUGGUCAGCCCCGAGGCCCUGGACCUGCUGGACAAGUUGUUGCGCUACGACCAUCAGCAGAGGCUGACUGCUUCAGAAGCCAUGGCACACCCUUACUUUUACCCCGUGGUGAAAGAACAGUCUCUCUCCCACACUGACAGCAGUGGCUCUACUACAACACGAUGAGAGACUAGGAAAACUUUGUUACCUCAGCUAUUACCCCAGAAACCUCUUCAAGUGUACACCGGAACAAGGCACCGCCAGCCAAUUACACAUGCACAUAGAUAUAAACUAUCCCUCCCUCUCUCUGUCUCUCUCUCUUUCCCUCUCUCCCUCUCUUUCUCUGUUCUUAAACUGUUGGCUUGAUCCAGUCAGAUGUCCAAUUCAAGACCAGUCAGUUUCAAGUUCUAAUCCACACCCCUAAGGUUCAGGUAACAAAGUAAUAAGGAAUAUUCAAAGACUUCUCCAAUUGAUUCCCCUCCCCCCACAUUCACAAGCAUGGAGAAUGAAGAGGAAAAUAUUCCCCCUCCCCUCCCAGUCUGCUGUUCUGUGUUCAGCUUGGGAAAGACUCAGGGGACACCUGCCACAAUAUCCCAUGAUUCCAGUAGAAGCUGAAGUCCAAGAGGUCUUUAACAUCAAACCAGACGCAUAUUACCCAACCCUUUUUGUCUUGUUUAUAUGCGACGUGCUGCAGGUUUUUGUGGUUUUUUUCCCCCCAUUUCUCCGUGGACUUUGCUAAUUCCGGUUAGUAUCAAGGUUAGGUCAUGUCGUUUUCUACCUCAACAAUCACUGAUAUGCGUAUUUCUUUGUUGCCAACUGGCUUAAGCUAACUAGUCCCUCUCAAAUUAGCUAGCAUAUGUGUCAUAUAGUCAUCAGGUGUCUUUCUGUUCAGACUCUGCACUGCAGUUCAGAAGUGGCAUGGUGACCUCUGCUAUAGGUAUUAUAAUGAUCAUAAUAAUAUUAAUAAUAAAUGAUUUUUAUUUAGAUUUAUGUGUGUGGGAUCAUUGUGUCCGGGCAGUGGUGAUAUUGGUGAUAUUUUUGUGGCAUUAAAAAGUUUUAUUUUGUCUCCAGA